GUUCUUAUUAUUUAACAUCAUAUGUUUUAUAGUUCUUAAUUACUCUCAGUUUUAGCAAUCAAACACACACACACUGUUAGAAGCCUCUCUUUCUGGCAUUAACACAAACAGAAGAAACGCAUCACUUCGGGCGAGCCAUUGCCACAGAAUUCUUGUUUUUUGUCUGAUUACAAUUCAUUGUCUCACGAUAAAUAUCUGCAAUGAUAGCCCACGAAGCUUCCUGGAACCUGAUCGCACCCAAUUAUGAGCUAUAUUUUCGUGUAUUUUUACUUGUUUUUUGUUUUAUAGAGGCUGAGAGUUUGCUGUAUCAGACACGGAGUGAUAACGCUUGCAGAAGUUGCACUGCGGACAACGUAGCAGCCAUGGCAUCGACGGGGUACGAGGCAGCGAGGCGCCUCGAGGCAGGCAACCCCAAAGGCGGCUCCGGCAGCCGCACCGCGCACGGCCACGGCCACGGCCGCACCGCGCACAACAUGUCCUCGUCGUCGCUGCGCAAGAAGUCGGACCUAUCGUUGUUGUCGAAGGUCCGCUGCGGCCUCCUCAGGACCAUCCUCACCAACCUGCAGGAGAUCUUCCUCGGCACCAAGCUCUUCAUCCUCUUCCCCGCCGUCCCCCUCGCCAUCGCCGCCAACUACCUCCAUUUUGGACGCGCCUGGUUGUUUGCUUUGAGUCUGCUUGGCCUCACCCCUCUUGCCGAGCGUGUCAGCUUCCUCACAGAGCAAAUCGCAUAUUACACCGGUCCUACUGUUGGUGGGCUGCUGAACGCAACCUGUGGCAACGCCACGGAGCUGAUCAUAGCUCUAUUUGCGUUGCACCGUGGGAAGAUCGAGGUGGUGAAGUGCUCCUUGGUUGGAUCUAUCCUAUCCAACCUACUGCUUGUUCUUGGAUCCUCCCUCUUCCUUGGAGGCAUCGCCAACCUGCACAAGGAACAGUCCUUCGAUCGAAAGCAAGCUGAUGUGAACACCGGUCUUCUGCUGCUGGGUGCGCUUUGCCACAUCUUGUUGUUGGCGUUCGAUCACGCAGUCAGCUCCGGCGAGCAAGCAGCGGAUGCGGCUCCGAGAUUGUGGCUGUCGAGGGCGUGCAGCAUCGUCAUGCUCCUCGCCUACGUCGCUUACCUUUUCUUCCAGCUGAAGACCCACCGCCAACUCUACGAGUCGGAAGAGGAGCAAGACGAUGACAACGACGAUGCGGUAGCUCAAGACGAGGCAGUCAUCGGAUUCCCGAGCGCAUUGGCUUGGCUGCUGGGCAUGACGGCUGUGAUUGCCAUACUGUCUGAGUACGUUGUUGCAACCAUUGAGGCUGCUUCGGAUUCCUGGGGAAUCUCUGUGAGUUUCAUCAGCAUUAUCUUGCUCCCAAUAGUUGGCAACGCAGCAGAGCAUGCAGGUGCCAUCAUUUUUGCCUUCAAGAACAAGCUGGAUAUCACUCUUGGUGUUUCACUUGGAUCAGCAACCCAGAUCUCCAUGUUUGUGGUUCCAUUAAGUGUGAUUGUAGCCUGGAUAAUGGGAAUCAAGAUGGAUCUUGAUCUUGAACUGCUGGAAACUGGCUCACUCAUCAUGGCAAUACUGAUAACAGCCUUCACAUUACAGGAUGGCACUUCACACUACUUGAAAGGACUUGUGCCCCUCCUUUGUUACCUGGCAAUUGGUGCAUGCUUCUUCGUGUCCAAAUCACCAGCAAAUCAAAUACAUGAUGUAAAUGCUGGUGUUCUGACCACAUCAACUGGAGUUACUGUGGCCUAGUUAACAGUAUGAUCUGUAAACGAAAAGUUGAAGCUGAACAAGAAUUGGCAUGCCAAAAAAGGGAGAAAAAUCUCAAGAAAGUCACUGAUCCGUUGGCUUACUCAGGAGGAACCUUUUCAUGCUGGAGGAGUGGGAAAUGGCUGAUAAGUAGGAGGAUGGCACCAACUUUUCCAUGAAACCUUGUUGAAGAACAUGGAACAUGGAAGACCAUAUGCUAUUGAGUUUGUAGCUAUAUGAACUGUAAAUAUUUUUCUUCUUUGCAUAUUUCCUGUUGUCCAUUGCCUUUGUUAUUUUCAUUUGAUGUUACAUUGAGUGAAUAGAUGUUCAGAUCUCAUGAUAUAGCAACA